AUGUCAGCAAAGAGGAAGAUGCCAUCUCUGGGACUCGACCGUCGCGUACGGCCGAGAAAGGAAGACGAGUGGGAGCCUGAAGUGGAAGACGCUAGCGACAACUCCGAGGACGAUUCGGGGUCGGAACAAGUCCACGACGAGGAUGAGGAAGAGGGCUCGUCUGAAGAAGAAGGAUCAGAUGCAGAAGCACAGGAAGAUCCCAAGAAAGCCCUUGCAUCCAUAUCGUUUGGCGCACUAGCACGAGCGCAAGCCUCACUACCACCCUCAGACAAACUAUUGAAGAAGCGGAAGCUAGCAUCGGGCGGCAGCAAGGACGCCGAGUCAGAAGACGACGACGGCAAUGACGACAAGAACAAGAACAAGAAGAAGCUCGUGAGCAAGGCGGAGGCGGCAGCAAAUAUGAAGCGGUCGUCGAAGCACGCGCCGCAAGAGCAGUCGUCGAAGCGGCCGGUGUCACGACGGCGCGAGGUGGUCCCGACCGAAAGCAAGCGCGCGCCAGCACGCGACCCGCGCUUCGACCCGCUGUCGACGGGCAGGCCUGGCCAGUUUGACGAGGCCAAGGCGCGCAGGGCCUACGCCUUCCUGGACGAGUACCGCGACAAGGAGCUCGCGGAGCUGCGGGCGCAAGUCAGGAAGACCAAGGACCCCGGUCUCAAGGAGGAGCUCAAGAGGCAGGUGCUCUCGAUGGAAUCGAAGCGAAAGGCGCAGAAGAGGAAGGACGAGGAGCAGGCCCUGCUGGCCGAGCACCGCCGACGCGAGAAGGAGCUAGUGGCCCGGGGGAAGCAGCCCUUCUACCUCAAGAAGAGCGAGCAGAAGAAACAGCUCCUCACCAGCCGGUUCGAGUCCAUGUCGAAGGGACAGGUAGACAAGGCCAUCGCCCGGAAGAGGAAGAAGGUGGCCGGCAAGGAGAAGAAGGAGCUCGAUACCUUGCAGAGAGUUACUGAUCGGAGGGGUUAUCAUUAG